GUUUUACAGUGGGUGUUAAAUAAUGCUGUCACCACAGUUCCACAAAGUCUUCGGAGUGGCUUUUUUCUUGCUCACCUGCUAUGCUCAAGGUAACCCUGCAGGAAUUCCUCCUGUGCCUGGUUUCACAGGCUUGCCUGAAGAUGGGAUAGCUGAAGCCUUUAUAUCAGAUUUCCCAUCGUUCGAUAAUAAUGAAAUGGAAGACGUUAUCCUUCAAUUAGGAUCUCGAAUUUCCAGACUUGAAGGCGUCCUCUAUUUGGAAGGGAAGAUAACAGCGUCUGGAAGAAAAAUAUUUGCUACCAACGGGAAAACAGCUGACUUCUACACUACAGUGCAAAAAUGCAAACAGGCUGGGGGGUGCAUUGCCACCCCAGGGAACCAGGGCGAGAAUGCUGCCAUUUUGUACUUUGUGAAACAGUUUAAUAAGUAUGCCUACCUGGGGAUAAAGCAGUCUGUAAUUCCAGGCAAAUUCCGUUCCCUCAGCGGUGCAGAACUGAAUUAUACAAACUGGUAUUUAAAUUAAC